GAUACAUGGAGUCAAACAUCGGCAAUCAUCUCAAAGCAACCCUGCAUUCUUCCCUCUAUAUUGUUUCAAGUUUCUAGCCAUCACAAAUUAAAAGGAAAAAAAAAAAACGGGUGGGGAUUGUGGGUGAUGUGAAAAUUGUAGAUAAAGACUUGUGAACCUAAUGAAUCCAGAGAGGGUUGGUGGGUUGGAAUGAAGAAAGGAACUAGAGAGAAAGGGGGGAUAGAAAAGGCUGUCAUCUUUGCUCACUGGUACUACCAAAUCAGAGAGCAGAGAGGAUCUCAUUGGAGGAAAGCUUUCAGUAGCAACUAAUCCUAUAAUAUUGAAAGAAAAUUGUAAAUGUUCUUUCCAGAAAUUGCUUGCCAUUGCAGCUAAUCGAACACACAUUACACACAUACACAACACACACUUCUGUUACACCAGAGUUUUCCAUCCCUAGUGUGUACGCGCGUGCACAACACACACACACACACACACACACUGCCUACGAGUGGGGUGGAUCUUGGAUUUUGCUAUUUCUACUAGGAAAUACCCAGGGACGCACUGAAGGAGUGUUUUCACCCCAACUGUCAGCUCUGCCUCCUUUUCCCAGUUUCUCUAGAAGAGAAUGUGUCCCGCCCUCCAGAUCACUUGUACUACUCUCUCUAUUAUUUUUACCCCUCCGGAUCCAUCUCUAUGGUGAAAACCAGAUCAUGGAAGAGAGACAGCAAGCGGCUGACUCUGGAGUCUGAGCAUUUUUCUGGGAGACCACAUGUCCGGGCUUCUAAUUAGGUGGCCCGCUGCUGCUCCCUGCUCCUCCUCGCCUUUGAGAAGCAAAUCGCCUUGUACCAGGGAGUGUAUGCAACUUCUGCUAACCCGACAGCAGUUAAUGGAUCUGUACUUCUUGCUGCUUCUACCCCUGGUCCCAGUGAUUAGUACAGCUUCUGGAUCUGGUUUUUCUUCUUCCUAUUCCAGUAGUAUCUUAAAGGCCAUCACAUCUUAAAGUGUGAAUGACUGGCAAUACAUCCAAGGAAAUUUGUGGUCCAAGCAUCAACAAAGGACACCUACUACUAUACUCCUGAAGCUGGAAGGUAUUUGAGCUGCAAUUAGAGAAAACUAUCACCAGAUGGUUUAAAUGGUCUAUUAGGCACCCGGCUUCUUACCAGAGAAACCCAAAAUGAAUAAUUCAACAAGCCCUAACUCCACUAAUGAAAUGGUUCUGGCAAGUCCGUACAAAACAAUAGAAGUGAUAUUCAUUGUACUGGUAGCAGGAUCACUCAGUUUGGUCACCACCAUUGGAAAUAUCUUGGUCAUGGUCUCCAUUAAAGUCAAUCGCCACCUCCAGACUGUUAACAACUAUUUUUUGUUCAGCUUGGCCUGUGCUGAUCUUAUCAUAGGCACCUUCUCCAUGAACUUAUAUACUCUCUACACUGUGAUUGGCUACUGGCCCUUGGGGCCUGUGGUGUGCGACCUUUGGCUAGCCUUGGACUAUGUUGUCAGCAAUGCCUCUGUUAUGAACCUACUCAUCAUCAGCUUUGACAGAUACUUUUGUGUCACCAAACCACUAACCUAUCCUGUCAAGAGGACCACCAAAAUGGCAGGCAUGAUGAUUGCAGCUGCCUGGGUCCUCUCUUUCGUACUGUGGGCACCUGCCAUUCUCUUCUGGCAGUUCAUUGUAGGGGUAAGGACUGUGAAGGAUGGAGAAUGCUACAUUCAAUUUUUCUCCAAUGCUGCUGUCACAUUUGGCACAGCCAUUGCUGCCUUCUACUUGCCUGUGAUCAUUAUGUCAGUCUUGUACUGGCACAUAUCUCGAGCCAGCAAGAGCAGGAUCAAAAAGGACAAAAAAGAAGCUGUGGCAAAUCAGGAUCCAGUCUCUCCUAGUCUUGUCCAAGGCAGAAUUGUGAAGCCAAACAACAACAACAUCCCUACCAAUGAUGAUGGGCUGGAGCAUAACAAAAUCCAGAAUGGCAAAGCCACUAGAGAUGCAGUGACCGAAAACUGUAUUCAAGGUGAAGAGAAAGAGAGUUCCAAUGAUUCCACCUCUGUCAGUGCUAUGGCUUCUAAUAUUAAAGAAGAUGAUAUAACCAGAGAGGAAAAUACAGUUUCCACCUCCCAAGGUCAUUCCAAAGAAGAAAAUUCCAAGCUGACAUGCAUCAAAAUUGUCACUAAGACUCAGAAAGGUGACUGCUGUGCUCCCACCAAUACCACUGUAGAGAUUGUUGGUCCUUCAGGACAGAGUGGGGAUGAUAAGCAGAAUAUUGUUGCCCGCAAGAUUGUAAAGAUGACUAAGCAGCCGGCAAAAAAGAAACCUCCUCCUUCCAGAGAAAAGAAAGUGACCAGGACUAUCUUGGCUAUCCUCUUGGCUUUCAUCGUCACCUGGACCCCAUACAAUGUCAUGGUGCUUAUAAAUACCUUCUGUGCAACCUGUGUUCCCAAUACAGUAUGGACAAUUGGCUACUGGCUAUGUUAUAUCAACAGCACCAUCAAUCCUGCUUGCUAUGCUCUGUGCAAUGCCACCUUCAAGAAAACCUUCAAACAUCUUCUCAUGUGUAAUUACAAGAACAUAGGAGCCACAAGGUAAAAAGGAUUGAAGAUGAGAGAGGGAAACCAAGGGAUUAGUCAAGAGGUUAGAAGGGGAAAUUAGUUCCCAAUUUUUAAAACUAUGCCAUAGCACUUUACAUGAUUAGUAUGAAAUGUACAAUCAAGGAAAGCAGUGAAGACAUUCAUAAUAGGGCCUCUGCUUCCCACUUGCAGAAUUCAUUUUAAAAAGUCUUUGCAAUCCAAAAGCAAUGAGGAAAGGGAAGGAACCAAUGGAAGACAUGGAUUUAAGACAAUGUCCCCUGUUUCCUGACAGCAUCACACAGAAGGGCUUUUGUGUCUAUGGUUUUGUCUGUUACUGUAUAAUAGCAUUCGAAUAUCUUUUUAAAUUUAAUUUGGAUUAUUUGUUUCUGUGUGUCUGAAGAUAAUAUACAACAUAUAAUGACUUUUAUUGGAAAUUAGACACUGAAUAUAUAAAUAAUAUAUUCAUAAGUAUAAAGGACAGACAAUGGAUAGUGAUAUCAUAUUGUACAGAUGAUCUUCAAAACAUCAAGUUGAUACAGGGGCUUUGUCAGGGUCUUAUAUAGAAAACUGUAAUGUAAAAUAUGCACAUUUAUCCAUCCCAACAUCUUUCACUUCUCCAAAAGGAAGCUAAAAAGGGAGGAAGCCAAAGUCUACUUUAUAUUGCGUGUCAUCAGAGUACUGUGUUGCUUUACUCUCCCUUUGAUUGUAUCUCUAUCCCAAUAGGGAAUGCCCCCAUAAAGUUUUCAUUGAGCUUAGCUACACAAGCAUGAGCAUGAAUAUGGGGGGUCACUGCUGCUUACUGUACCUUUUGGACUCUCUUGAGGUAAGAGUCAAUGGAACUUUAAUUUUUUGAACUCUUAUGUGUAAUAUCUAUAUUGAGCUGAAUUUCAUCUCAAUUAGCUUUUAAUUUAAAAAAAAAACUAUCUAAAGCAGGAUGGAGAAUUAAAGCCAUCUGCAAAAUGAACGGUUUCAUCAAAUUAGUCACCAGGCAGUUUGGUUGGAAGUCUCAAAAAGAGACCAGAUCAUUUUAGAAAUGAGGAAAUAGAUAAGAAAAAUUGAGGAUAGAGAAGACUAUUUCCAAUAGAAAUAAACAUCCUGUUCAGGAUCUGCCUGAUAUGAGAAAUCUUAAUCUAUAAAAAUAUGACGUCUUUGUUCAUGUCACUCAUGAAGAAGAUUCCAUUUCUUCCUAAACUAUAUUAACAUGGUCACCUGAAAUCUCUCCUGGAUCUAAACCAAGAAUAAAUCAUUUCUAAAGGCCUUCUUAUCUGUAAUGUCUGAGAGCAUAUUAAAUAAAAUUGACAUAUCCAUUCAAUGAAAA